AUGGGAGUCCACCCCGAAGUUGGCAAAUCCCCGGUUGACAUCCCCAGGAGUUCCAGCACCUGCUCCAGGAGUAUCUUCUGCAACAUCAAGGUGUUUGUGCUGUGCCAUGGACUCCUCCAGCUCUCCCAGCUCCUCUACAGCGCCAACUUCAAGAGCAGCCUCACCACCAUCGAGAAGCGCUUUGGGCUCUCCAGCCUCUCUUCAGGUUUCAUCUCCAGCUUGCACGAGAUCGGCAACGUGGUGCUCAUCAUCUUCGUCAGCUACUUUGGCAGCCGAGUGCACCGCCCGCGUGUGAUCGGGGUCGGGGGGCUGCUGCUGGCCCUGGGGGCUUUCCUGGUGACCCUGCCCCAUUUCCUGUCAGGACCCUACGAGUACACUGCACUCAGCACCGGUAACAAAAGCCAGGGGCAGGUUGAGCUGUGCUAUGCAGAGAGUAGAUUUGUGUGCCCAAACACCACCCGGGACUCCCAGAAGGAGGCCAGCAGCAUGUGGGCCAUGAUGGUCAUCGCCCAGCUGCUGGCUGGGAUUGGCACUGUCCCCAUCCAGCCCUUUGGGAUAUCCUACGUGGAUGACUUUGCAGAUGCCAACAAUUCCCCACUGUAUGUUGCCAUCCUCUUUGCCAUUGCUGUAUUUGGCCCUGCCUUUGGAUACUUGUUGGGGUCCGUGGUGCUGCGGCUCUUUGUGGAUAUCGGAAGGGUUGACACUGUGGACCUGACGCCAAGUGACCAGCGGUGGAUCGGAGCCUGGUGGCUGGGGCUGCUCAUCUCCUCGGGCUGCUUGGUGCUCACCUCCAUCCCUUACUUCUUCUUCCCUCGGUACAUGCUGAAAGGAGAGGAGCGGAACACGGAGACCGGGAUGCUCAGGAAGAUGGAGACAGGGGCUGCUGAGGAGACCUCCCUGCUGGAGUUUAUAAAAAGAUUCCCAAAGAUCUUCCUCAGGUUGCUGCUCAACCCCCUCUUCAUCCUCCUGGUGCUGGCUCAGUGCAGCUUCUCCUCAGUCAUUGCGGGUCUGGCCACCUUCCUCAACAAAUUCCUGGAGAAGCAGUACGGUGCCUCCCCCUCCCAGGCCAACUUCCUCAUAGGAGCUGUGAACCUGCCAGCAGCAGCGCUCGGGAUGCUGCUGGGAGGGAUCAUCAUGAAACGCUUCUCCUUCUCCCUGCGGGCCAUCCCGCGCUUCGCCGUGGUGGUGCUCGUCUUCUCCAUCCUCAUCUGCCUGCCCAUUUUCUUCAUGGGCUGCUCCACAGGGCACAUCGAGGGCAUCUACCACCCCAGUACACCCAAUUCCCAGCAGCAGGUUAAGGCACGGGUUGGGUGCCAAUGCUCUAAGCAGAUCUUCAACCCCGUGUGCCGGAAAAACACCACGGAAUACAUCUCACCCUGCUUCGCUGGCUGCACCAACAGCACCACCAACCCCUCCAAUCCCAGAGAAGUGAUCUACCACAACUGUUCCCUGAAUGGGAAUAAGCUGUUCUCCACCUCCACGGGCUCUUGUCCAGUCAGCUGCUCCCACAUGCUCCUUCCUGCCAUAUUCCUCAUCUCCUUAGCUGCACUGGUCGCCUGCCUGUCUCACAACCCCCUCUACAUGAUGGUGUUACGGGUGGUGAACCAGGAUGAGAAGUCAUUUGCCAUCGGAGUGCAGUUUUUACUAAUGAGAUUGCUGGCCUGGCUGCCGGCCCCAGCCAUGUUCGGAGCCCUCAUCGACUCGUCCUGCAUCCACUGGCAGCAGCAGUGCACCCAGCGCCGCUUCUGCGCCUACUACAACAACGAUUUUCUCCGAAACAGAUACCUGGGGCUGCAGGUGGGCUACAAGGUGGUGGGCACCGUGCUGCUCGCCCUCAUCGGCUGGAAGGUGAAGAGGAGCAAGGAGUACAACGUGCAGGAGAAGGCAGCGGGGCUGGUGUAG